UAUGUACGGUGCAUCGGGCGCAGCGCCGCGGAGGCGCGGGGGCGUGCGCGAGCGCCCUGACGUGCUCCCUGCGCCCGCGCUGGGCGAGCCGCCGCCGACGCUGCCCCGCCCGGGCAAGGACAGCGUCGCGCGGCUCACGCUCACCGGACUGUCUUAUGUUGUUACCGCGGUGACGCGACGCUCACGGCAGUCGACGUCAGCGCAAUGGUCGCGCUCGUUUCGCGCGAGCGCGGCGUCUCCUCAAGACGACGUUGACGUGGAUGACGUGUUCUUCACGCCGCCGACGUCGACGACGCCGCUCCAGCACCACGAGGAGGAGAAUGUUGAAAGUAAAGGAGCCCGAUCUCCUCUAGGGUCGGGAGGGGUGGAGUACAGAAGGCCGGAGAGGAGUGUGUCAUGGGGUGCGGGUGGAGUCAGGAUACACAGUCCCAUGCUUGAACCUUUGGCUGAUAAUUCCAAUCGCAGGCAGUUCGGGAUGGGAGUGGUCGGCAGAUUUUUCCGCCGAUCUCUUCGCAAAUCAAUGACGCGUCAGGAAGACAUAGCGCGGCAACUAGACGAGCUGACCGACUACCGGCCGUACUUCACGUGGUGGGUGAGCACGGUGCAGACGUUGGUGCUGUUGCUCUCGCUGCUGUGCUACGGGUUCGGCCCGGUGGGCUUCGGGCGGCACACGCACUCCGGGCAGGUGCUGGUGAAGAGUUUGAGUUUGCAGCAGGUGGAGUGGGAGGAACCGGCGUCAUUCUGGCUGGGUCCGCGGGCGGCUGACCUGAUACACUUGGGCGCGAAGUUUGCGCCGUGCAUGCGGAGGGAUGCGCGGAUAGCGAGGGCCAUCGCGGCCUCAGCGAGACGGGAGAGGGACACCGCGUGCUGCAUACGAAACGACGAUUCGGGCUGCGUGCAGUCGUCUAAGGCUGAUUGUUCCAUAAGAGGAUUAAUACCAAAGAACACGAUAUCAACGUGGAAAAAAUGGUCGUCCGGUGAUUCGGGCCCAGGCGGUCGGAUAUCGGGUUCCGUUUGCGGGUUAGAUCCAAAGUUCUGCGAAGCACCACGCUCAAUAGCUCCUCACGAAUGGCCUGAUGAUAUCACCAAAUGGCCGAUCUGCCGUAAGUCAGUGCUGGACGGGUCAGCGGCGGCAGGCCGUGCUGGCCACGCGGCAGAGCACAUGGCGUGUGUCAUAGCACAUCCAUGCUGCAUAGGGCACGGGCAGUGUGUUAUCACACGAGAGCAUUGUGAUUUCGUGAAGGGUUACUUUCAUGAGGAAGCGUCUUUGUGUUCACAG